UUAUAUUCUUUUCUUCUGCGUCUUCUUCUUCAAUUUCUGGAGAGAGAGAGAGAGAGAUGGGAGAUGAAGAAGAAGGGAGGUGGGGAAAGGGGUACUAUGCAUAUGCAUAUUCGACUAAAGUAAUGAUCAUAAUAAUGGUUCCUCUCCUCUUCAUCUCUGGUCUGGUUUGUGUGUUUGGCCCUCAAAACACAACUACUUCUGUCUUAACCUCUCCCUCUAUUCCCCCUUCCUCCUCUUUCUCUGUUCCUGUCGAAUUUGUUCAGGAAGAUGGUGAGAGGAUGCAGUUGAUGAACUCUACCAUCAGCAAUUCUUCAACGGUUGAAGAUGGCGCCGAGUCGGUGUUGCCACCAUUAACAGUAAAGAAAAGAAUACUAAGCAACAUGGAGAAGAUUGAAGCGGAACUGCAAAGGGCUCGAGCCGCCAUUAAAGGAGCUUCUUUCGAAGACGAUAUGGACGACCCCGACUACGUCCCCCUUGGUCCCAUGUAUUGGAAUGCCAAGGUCUUCCAUCGGAGCUACUUGGAAAUGGAGAAACAGUUCAAGAUAUUUGUGUACAAAGAAGGUGAACCACCUUUGUUCCAUGACGGUCCAUGCAAAAGUAUAUAUUCCAUGGAAGGAAACUUCAUUUAUCAGAUGGAGACCGAUACCCGUUUCCGCACCACCGAUCCCGAUAGAGCCCACGCCUUCUAUUUGCCGCUCAGCGUCGUCAAGAUGGUCCGAUACGUCUAUGAACGGGAUUCCCACGAUUUCAGCCCGAUAAGGAAGACCGUUAGAGAUUACAUCGAUCUCGUUGACGGGAAAUACCCGUAUUGGAACCGCAGCAUCGGGGCCGACCAUUUCAUCCUCUCGUGCCACGAUUGGGGACCGGAGGCGAGCUUCUCUCAUCCUCAACUAGGCGAAAACUCGAUACGGGCACUCUGCAAUGCCAACACGUCCGAGAGAUUCAAACCGAGAAAAGACGUAUCUAUACCAGAAAUCAACCUCAGAACCGGAACCUUAACCGGACUGGUCGGCGGCCCGUCUCCAUCUCGCCGUCCGAUCCUCGCCUUCUUCGCAGGUGGGGUUCACGGGCCGGUCAGACCGAUCCUCCUGAAACAUUGGGAGAACAGAGACGAAGACGUAAGAGUGCACAAGUACUUGCCAAAGGGUACUUCGUAUUCGGACAUGAUGAGGAACAGCAAGUUCUGCAUCUGUCCGAGCGGAUACGAGGUGGCGAGUCCAAGAAUCGUGGAGGCGCUGUACUCGGGGUGCGUUCCUGUCCUGAUAAACGAAGGGUAUGUUCCUCCGUUCAGCGACGUGUUGAACUGGAGAUCGUUCUCAGUGGUCGUGCCGGUGGAGGAGAUACCGAAUCUGAAGAAGAUUCUGAUGGGGAUCUCGCCCAGACAGUACAUCAGAAUGUACAGAAGGGUUCUGAAGGUUCAGAGACAUUUCCAAGUGAAUUCUCCGCCCAAGAGAUUCGAUGUCUUUCACAUGAUUCUUCAUUCGAUUUGGGUCCGGAGAUUGAAUGUCAGAAUCCGAGAGAUUUGAUGUUUUGGGUUUUUCCUUGGAAUAAAAUUGAUGUGUGUUUGUUGACAUGUAGAUCGUUGGCCUUUUGUGGUUUUGUUGCAAUAAGAGGGUUUUACCGUAA